AAUCAAAAUCCGUAACGGUUUUACCGGAGGUUGACUUAAUUUUGUUUUUAUUUGUGUUAUUGAUAUUUUAUACAAUCCACAUUAAAUUGUAUGAAUAUGACAAUGAAGAACGAAGUCUUGGAACUUGAAACUAAAAUAAUUAAUCAUGAGGCAUAUGGACAAUCAUACAAAUGGUCUCCCAGAGAUUUUGAGCUGGGUUCGGCUCUAGGACAAGGAAAAUUUGGUCAUGUUCAUGUUGCAAGAGAAAAAAAGACUGGGUUUCUGGUUGCGAUCAAGACAUUAUUUAAGUCUCAGAUUGUGAAAUCAAGAUGUGAACGACAAGUAAUGAGAGAGAUUGAGAUACAGUCCCACUUAAAGCAUCCAAACAUUCUACGUUUGCUGACGUGGUUCCAUGAUGAAAGACGCAUCUACCUUGUAGUUGAGUUUGCGGCUGGCGGAGAGCUGUACAAACAUCUCACCAACUCUCCCAAAGGCAGGUUUCCAGAGGCUAAGGCAGCAAAGUAUAUUUAUCAGGUAGCAGAUGCAGUGGAAUACUGCCAUCAGCACCACGUAAUGCAUCGUGACAUCAAACCAGAGAACAUCCUGGUUGCCUUCAGUGGAGACCUCAAACUCGCAGACUUCGGCUGGUCUGUGCAUGCGCCUUCAGAAAGGCGUAAAACAAUGUGUGGCACACUAGAUUAUCUCCCGCCAGAAAUGAUAAAACGCGAGGUGUACGACGUGUCAGUAGACCAGUGGUGCAUCGGGGUCCUACUGUAUGAGUUUCUGGUAGGAAAGCCCCCCUUUGAGAGUGAAGGCCAAGAUAAAACUUACAACAGAAUUCUAACAUUGGACAUGGUCUAUCCUGAGUAUGUUCCAGAAGGUGCUAAAGACCUCAUUUCCAAGCUUUUAAAACCAGCCAGCAAAGAAAGGUUGCCUUUGUCUGAAGUGAAGAAACAUUAUUGGGUGAAACAGUUUUAUAACAAUGGAUUAGCAAAAGGAGACUCAUAGUAAAUCUAGUUAGUACAAGUAUUAUGUUAGUAUUGCCUAUUAUUAAUUAUACCAAUUAAAUAUAACAUUUCAAUUUAUUUUUGUAAGAAGUUAUAAUACA